UGGUUCAGAUCAGGAUGCGUAGCGUACUGGAUCCGGAUUAUUGUGUCGUUUGUUGUGUCAUUUUUUUACUAAGUGCCCAGCAAGGAAUUCUGACUGCUUCGUCAUGUCUGGGCCCCAGCGUUUCUUAUCUGGGUUCUUGUUACCAAUUUGUGCAGCAAAGGACAAACUAUUGGGGUGCCCAAAACUCCUGCUUGGCAUGCGAGGGUCAGUUGGCUAACGUGUCUGAUGGCUCAGUGCUGGCAUUCCUGGUGGAACAACUGAACCAGUCCUCGAUGUGGUGGGUCAGACUUGACACCAAAGAGUCAGACAAUCCAAUAACAACAUGCAGAGUCCUGCAAAAAUCAAGUUACUCAUUCGAAGUGAAGGAAACAACAUGCCUGCAAGUGACAAACUUCAUCUGCCAAACAGAGGGGAAGAUCUGUAACAUGGAAAGCAAUGACGUGAGCCCCAACACUUCGACAACACAGAACAUGCAGAGUUCCGUCGCAGUCAGGAGAAGACGAUCAGCAGGAGAAAGUCCAUUUUACCCAGAUUUGUUAGCAAUGGCGGAUCAGCUAACUAAUUUUCCAACCAUAGGAGGCAGCAACUUAUCGGAACUUCUUAUUGAAAUUGAUGAUGCUAUGCAAGAUAAAGAGGAAAGAAAUAUUUCAGAAUUGGCUGGAAAGAUGUCUCUCCUGGAAGAGUUAAAUCAGAAGAUCCAAGAUCCAAACGUUAGAUCUGCUCAGCAAUUUUCAAAUCUUAGCGACAUAGUAUUUUUUGGCAUUAAUAGCGUUUUACAAUCAGCUCUUUCUUCGUGUUCAGCCAUUGUAAUGACAGCACAAGAGAGACAAUCACUGGUGAACUCAGCCCUCGAUAUCCUGGAUGCAAUGGAGACUUCCAUCCUGUCCAGUCUCAGCCCGAUCAGAACAGCCGUCACAGUGCAAACCCCAAUGUUUUCUAUACUACUUCAGAGUAUAAAUUCUUCAAACCUUGGUCACAUGGUACUCUCGUUUUCAAACAAUAUGUCGGGCACUGUUGCCAAGGCAGUGCUCCCUUCACAGGCUGCUUUAAGUCCAGUCAUUAAAGGGCUUCCAUCCGUCCAGAUCCAGAUGAGGACCUUUGCUCAGAGCCCGUUUCUCUCCGACUCAUCAUUCAAUGUAUCAGGCACCAUCGCUAGUCUCAGUUUCAUGUCUGGGAUACAAGAACUUAAAUUGCAAAACUUGUCGGAUUUUUUCCAGAUCUUUCUGCCUCAAAGCAGUUUGGACAUUAAGACUCCAAACAAGAUCCAAACCUUCAUGGAUAAUGGUCUGCUCCUCUCAUUGAAGGACAUUCCCUUGCAAAGCACCCUGGUAAUAAUUGUCACUGUUACACAUGGAGUGCCUCUACAACUCUACCAAGGGCGUAACAUUAUAUCGGAAGCAGCAACAACUCUGGCGAGUGAUCAAGACUCCUAUACAUGGAUUCUUACCCCAGACCUUUUGCCAAACACUACAUCUCCUCACACGUUCUUUGUGUGUUCCACAAAUUCCUCGGGGACACAGAGUAUGCAGAUGACAUUCUCUUCCUUUACGGCACACUGUGGCUUUUGGGAUAAUAACACUGAACAUUGGAGAUCUACUGGCUGCAAGGUUGGACCUCAAACAACUAAUGAACAGGUCCAAUGUCUUUGCAAUCACCUUUCGUUCUUUGGAUCCUCGUUUUUUGUACCACCGGUGCAGAUUGAUGUGACGCGUACAGCUGAAUAUUUCUCACAGAUUUCAGAAAAUCCAGUCAUGGUUGUGUUACUCGCCUGUUUUUACGCAUGCUACAUAUUGGUUGUAAUAUGGGCACGGCGCGUGGAUCUCAGAGACCAAUCUCAGAGCCGUGUUAUUUUGCCACGAGGUAAUGACCCGUGUGCUUUAUACCGCUAUCGUAUCACUGUGUGUACAGGUCACAGGAGAAACGCAGCAACCAGUUCUAAGGUUUCUCUGAUACUUUGUGGCUCCCAGAGUCAAUGUGGCCCUGUCCUCUUGACAGAUGGCAGAAGUGGAAUGUUUAAAUGUGGCAGUGUAGAUAUCUUCCUCCUGAGUACACCGUAUCCUCUGGGAGAUUUAAAGGCCAUCACUCUUAGCCAUGAUGGCACAGGACCACGCAAAAGCUGGUACGUUAUCCAGGUUACAGCUCAGGAUACACAAUUGAAAAAGAGUUGGCAUUUCCUGUGUAACGCGUGGUUGUCCUUGCCUCCAAAAGGAGAGUCUCUCAGCAAGACCUUUCCUGCAGCUAACGAACAAGAGCUGACUAGUUUCAGAAAUAUAUUCUUGAAGAAAACAAUAAGAGGUUUGCGUGAUGAACAUAUCUGGAUCUCGGUACUAAACCAUCCAGCAAGGAGCGUUUUCACACGAGUACAGAGAGUGUCCUGUUGUAUGUGCCUCCUACUCUGUACCAUCGUCAUCAACCUCAUGUUCUGGGAGAUGCCUCAGGCCACUUAUCCCGUCCUGAUAAGUUUUGGAAGCUUCAGUAUGACAUGGAAAGAUAUUAUGAUUGGGUUCGAGAGUGCCCUUCUCAUGUUUCCCGUCAACAUAUUAAUCAUCUUUAUUUUUCGCAAUACUCGACCAAGAGAAAGUGGGGCAGUAUGUGCCAAAACCAAGAAAGGUACUCAGGUUCCGGCUUCUGAGUGCAUUAAAAUGAUGCAGUCUCAUCCUCGGAACCUGAGAUCGGUAAUCGAGGACAUGGAGAAAAUAGCACAGACUCUGAAUCAAAUAUCUCGGAUUAAUCUAGAGUUAGAAAUGAAGUUGGAACCAGCACUACGCAUUGGAAUGCUACUGGAUCUCAUCUUACAUUUGCUACAAAAACAACCACCCUUGUCCGUCUCGAUGCCUUUGGCCCAGCUCCCAGUCGAUGAGCUCCAAGCUUUGUUUGUUGCACAUUACAUCUCUCGGAAGCUCAGGAAGGUGUCUCAGGAUCUUAAACGGCUUGGGCUAGAGGAGUUUCAAGACAAACAGCAAUAUGACAAUUGCCUCACACAGCUGCAAAGUUUGAUACAUGUGUUGGACAAGUCCACCCCUCCAUUGCCUGGUCAAAGAUCUUCACAGAAACAGUCUGAAACAAAGAAGAGGAGACUGCCUUGGUGGUUCCUUCUGAUUGGCUGGUCCUUACUACUCUCUAUCAGCGCCGUGUCCACCUACUUCACCAUGAUGUAUGGGUUUCGGUAUGGGAAGCAGAGCUCCAUCCGGUGGAUUAUCUCUAUGGCACUCUCCCUUUUCCAGAGUAUCUUCAUUUUGCAACCUCUCAAGGUGGUAGGAUUUGCCGUGUUCUUUGCUCUGGUUUUAAAGAAAGUAGAGGAGGAGGAGGAGGAAGACGAAGAUUUCCUGGAUACGGAGAUGUCAGGAACUGAUGACUAUCAGAACUCUGAUGAAACAAUGUUCUGACUGAUGGAUCGUUUGCGUGAACUAAAACUCUUUGAUAAGCUGCUGUUGACAAGUCUCGGUGGAUGAAGAUAUGUAAACGGUGUAUGAAGAAUCACUAGUAGCAGAGUCUUUUGUACAGCAUGUGCCCCCCCCACACACGUCAAUGAACUAAUAGGUCCAUGUUGGCACCGUGACAACUUUCUGCACCUUUUACAAAAACAUAAUUGCACUACUCACUCUUGAACUCAUAUCUAUGUGUUUUCAUUGCUCCCACUGACACAUAAAAUGAAAAAGGACUUGUUUCACAUCUGGAUAUGUUCACACACACUCACAUACUGCACAGAAUCUGCACUCACGUUCAAUAGAUAGCUCCCCUAUAAUGGCUGUAUUGAUUAAUAGGCAAAGGGCUGGUGCUUUAGUC